AGUAUAUACGUGUACUGAAAAAAACCGUGCGGGCUGACUUGACUGUUUUUCGAAGUGGAGGCUGGCUUGACCGCAGUCGCGGUGCACCGUCUCUAGUUUCUAACGCAACUACUUGGAAAGAUGUCGACGGUCGGCGGUGCCUUGUGUCGAAAUGUUUUGGCCGUGAGGAACUCUGGCAUGAUGGUGAUGGUACGGCAUGCUCAGACGGCCGCUGCCCCGGCUCCUGAAGCCCGCAUCAAGAAGUUUCAGAUUUACCGCUGGGACCCGGACACCGCUGGAGACAAACCGCGAAUGCAGACAUAUGAAAUUGAUCUCAAUACUUGCGGUCCAAUGAUUCUGGAUGCCCUCAUUAAGAUCAAGAAUGAUAUCGACCCCACGCUCACAUUCAGACGCUCCUGCCGCGAAGGGAUAUGCGGCUCGUGUGCCAUGAACAUAAAUGGAGGCAACACGCUGGCAUGCCUGAACAAAAUUGACACCAACACUAGCAAGCCGACAAAAAUCUACCCGCUCCCACACAUGUACGUGGUCAAAGAUCUGGUGCCUGAUAUGAGCAACUUCUAUGCCCAGUACAAAUCCAUCGAGCCCUACCUGAAAAAGAAGGAUGACACUCAAGAAGGGAAGGAGCAAUAUUUCCAGUCGGUGGAAGACCGGCAAAAACUGGACGGCCUGUAUGAGUGCAUCCUGUGCGCUUGCUGCAGCACCAGCUGUCCCAGCUACUGGUGGAACGGAGACAAAUACUUGGGACCUGCUGUCCUCAUGCAGGCCUACCGGUGGAUGAUCGACUCCCGCGAUGAAUUCACAGAGGAACGUCUGUCGAAGCUUCAGGACCCCUUCUCUCUCUACCGCUGCCACACGAUCAUGAACUGCACCAAGACGUGUCCCAAGGGACUCAACCCGGGAAAGGCCAUCGCAGAGAUAAAGAAGAUGAUGGCAACCUACAAAGAGAAGAAAGCAGCGGCUUCAUGACCGUGUGAAAAUCCAGCUCAAGAGAUCCACCAAUAAUACCUGGAACAAGUAGUUCCUCUUAAAAGGAAGAGACGAGCAAACCAAGGUUGCCUACAUUCAGCACCUUUUCAUAAUUUGUAUUAAAUUCGGGGGAAUGUGAGUGAGUAGAUGUGAUUUGAUGAGGUAGAGGAAUAAAGGACAUUGUGAGAAAAGGCUGCUGGAAAGUACUGUUAAAACAAAUAUAUUUAGAGCGGUGCAACGGGUUGGACCACAUUUCUGCUAUUUGCUUGCAAAAUAAAAAUACUGGGCUCCGUUGUAUUGACUCUUUGGGAAUAUCUGUAAAUAUUUAACUAUGUAUUCAUUAAAGAUGUGCUGGGCUCAUUGCGGAAA